AUGGCCCUCUCCAACAUGACUACAUUGGCUGAGACCAUGCGAGCCGUGGUCUGGCAAGGCCAGCCAUUCAACAUCUCUGUGCUCGAUGUCCCCAAGCCCACCAUCCAGAGUUCCACGGAUGUGGUCAUUCGCAUGUCGCGCGCCGCCAUCUGCGGAUCUGACCUCCACAUCUAUCGAGGCACGAUGGAGGGCCAGGUACUUCCUGUCGGCGUCGGCCACGAGGGGGUGGGAUAUAUCGCCGAAGUCGGGUCUGACGUGGGGUCAUUGAACGUGGGCGAUGCGGUGAUCGUGCCGUUCACCAACCCGGACGGCCAUCUCGAGACGGCCCUCACCCCAGUCCCGUACGCAGCUUUCGGCAACGGCGGGGCUCUAGGUGGCACGCAAGCCGAGUAUCUACGAGUCCCGCACGCGGACGAGGGCCUCAUCCCCAUCCCCGCCGUCAAUUAUACCGAUCCAAUCACGAACGAAACCACCUCCCUGCUCAACGACUACGUGAUGCUCUCCGACAUCUUCGCGACGGGCUGGACGGCGCUGGACUUCGCAGGCUUCCAACCCGGUGACACCGUGGCCAUCUUUGGGGCCGGGCCCGUCGGCCUGAUGGCGGCAUAUUCAGCCACCUUGCGCGGGGCCUCCCACGUCUACAGUGUGGACUAUGUACCGGAACGGCUUCGCCUGGCCGCAGCCAUUGGAGCCACCCCCAUCAACUUCCGAGACGCAGACCCUGUGGACCAGAUUUUGGCCCUCGAGCCCGGGGGGGUGACCCGCAGCGUCGACUGUGUCGGAUUCGAGCAGGUCAACCGCAACCUGACCGUGCAGUCAGACGUCAUCCUGCAGAACAUGCUGGCCGUCACGGCCGUCAACGGGGGGAUGGGAACGGUGGGGGUGUACAGCCACGGCGGUCGCGACACCGCCAGCCAGCCUCGGGCGUCCACCAUCAACACCGAUUUCAACCUCUCCCUGGCCGAUUUCUGGAGCAGGGGGUUUCAUUGGGGGGCUGGGAUCUCACGACCUCUCGAUCUGGCACCGCAGCUGCUUCACCUCGUCGCGUCGGGCCAGGCAAGGCCUGGGUUUAUUGUGAGUGAUGUGGUCGGGAUUGAGGAUGCACCGGCCGCGUACGCGAGCUUUAGCAACCGUAGUGCAACCAAGGUGGUGUUCGAUUUCGACCACUAG